AUGGAGACGCCUCCUUCUUCUGAGAAGGACUUUGUCGACGUCUUCCACCACAUAUCGAACGAGAUCGACGCCAUAAAGGCGGGCGAGCAGCGAGAUUCCCAGUCUGAAAAGCAACGUGUUCAUGAACUUACUUGCUUCGUCGAGAAUCAUGCCGACGAGAUUAACGAAGAUGGCACGAUUCUUCAUCAGUUUCUGCGCGAUGUCAGAAGAGCAGACAAUUGCCCUACAGAGGUUCUGAACACGAUCCUCGGAAAGUUACCAGAAGCAAUUUUGAUGAACUUUGGUGGAGCCGUUCCUCUGCUAGAGUUCAUCAGGAGACGCUCGCAAAAGAUGGUUCGUGCCGUCAUCGAAUUCAUGGCACAAGAUAUAAAGAAGCGCAACUUAGCUUCUUUAGCCACACUGACCUUCGGUUUCGCUGAAACCUGGUUCGAAGAGAACGAGCAGAAUCCCGACACCAUAGAAGCUGGUCGAGAAAUCAUUCAAGCUGCCUUUAACUUCAAUGAGAAACCCAACGAGUUGCUCCCGGUCGACAUAGACCUUCUAGAGAUGCUCGUCAACCUUGCGGCUCCAGAGAUGCUUUUCAAAAGCAAUAACGAAUUGAGUCCGCUGGAGCAAGUUUUGCGUUUCGAUUUGUGUCUCAGCGACUCCGACCGUCAACUAGCAUUGGUGAUGCUUAUUCUCGACAAAUGCCCCAAUAGCAUCCACGAUUUGGUGACCAAAGAGCGAGCAGCUCUCUUCGUCAACCCGAGUACAGCGUUUACAGGUGGCAUAUUGCCACCAGAGAAUCUUGGCAUAAUCAGCAUCUUCGACAAAUAG